CAUCCGGAACCGUUACAGGACCAGAACGAGGGUCCAUUUCUCUGGGGGGAUCCCCUAUAUAAUCGGUUUUUUGCCCAUUCUUACUCGUCCUCAACCCCAAUCACCCUUCUUACACCCGAGACACUUGUAGGCAUGCGAGUUUUCCUGUCUAUUUACCCAUUGGCUUGCCUCGCAGUCCUAGUUUCUGCACUCGUUCCAGUCCACGAUUCAAACGCGCUCGUGGUGAAUGAGAAUAACUUGGUGGCCCCUGACUCUGUCAUUGAAGUACUCGAUACCGUCCAACUUGGUGGCGGUGGUGAUGAUGACCCGGAGGAGGAAUGCGACGUCGGCGACGAUGAUGUCGAAGGGAAGUUUGCUCGUAAUGACCCCCAAGCUGCAGGUGCGGAAUGGUUUCAAGGGCAGCGGGUCUAUUCUGUCAGUCCAAUCUUUGUCUGGGCACCCCCAAUGACAAUACUGGUGGAUAUUGCCGCUUCAACGCUGCAUCAG